GAAGUGGCAUUCACCAGUGAGUGGGGUGAUGAACCCACAUCAUGCAGAAGGAAUCAUCAUCAGAAAUCUGAAGAGGAAGGGCGGAAAAAUCCCGGUGAAAUGGAACCAUAGUGACUGUUCUGCAGUGUUUUGGGGAAAGUGAAAGUCUAAGAAGCAGGAUCAACGGAGUUUACAGGACAGAAUAGAGGGAAAAUAGUUUUUCCAUUAAGAAGGAUGGGGCUGCUGCAGUUUUUAAAAUCCCAGUUUUUGUGCCACCUGAUCAUAUGCUAUGUGUUCCUGGUGAGCGGGCUUCUAAUCAACCUGAUACAGCUCUGUACCUUACCUCUGUGGCUGAUCAGUAAACAGCUGGCCCGCAGGAUUAACAUCAGACUGGGCUACUGCAUCGCGAGUCAGAUGGUAGCAGUAUUGGAGUGGUGGUCUGGAACUGAAUGCACGCUUUACACCGAUCCAAAGAGUUACCAACUCUAUGGGAAAGAGAAUGCUAUUGUAGUCCUCAACCAUGCUUUUGAGAUAGACUUUCUGUGUGGCUGGACCUUCUGUGAGAGAUUUGGAGUUCUUGGGAGUUCAAAAGUGUUGGCCAAACAGGAGCUCUCCUAUGUCCCCGUGAUUGGAUGGAUGUGGUAUUUCCUUGAGAUAGUUUUCUGCAAAAGGAAGUGGGAGGAGGACCGGACAAAUGUGGCUCGGAGUCUGCAGAACCUGCGGGAUUACCCUGAAAACUACUGGUUCCUACUUCAUUGUGAAGGAACACGUUUCACCCCAAAGAAACACCAGAUCAGUAUGCAAGUGGCUGAAAGCAAAGGUUUACCUCAACUCAAGUAUCAUCUCCUGCCCAGAACAAAAGGAUUCUAUAUAACUGUCCAAAACCUGAGGGGGACCGUUGCAGCAAUAUACGACUCCACACUGAACUUCAGGAACAAUGAAGCACCGACCCUUCUAGGAAUUCUCAAUGGAAAGAAAUAUCAUGCGGAUUUAUACGUCAGGAGAAUUCCUUUAGAGUCGGUUCCAGAAGAUGAAUCAGAGUGUGCUGCUUGGCUGCACAAACUAUACCAGGAAAAGGAUGGCUUUCAGGAGCAGUAUGCACAGACGGGCCGUUUCCCUGGCCCUAUCACAAGCCCUCCUCGUCGGCCCUGGUCCCUGAUCAACUGGCUCUUCUGGUCCUGCGUAGUCCUGUACCCUCUAGGCCUCCUACUCGCCCAGCUGCUCUCGUCUGGAUCGGUUUUCACCAUCGUCACCGCUGUGGUUGUCUGCUCUGCAGUGUCGAUGGGAAUGCGCUGGAUGAUCGGCCAGACUGAGAUUGAGAAAGGGUCAAAUUACGGGAUCAAGGCAGCUCCUGAGAACAGCAAUUGAGGAGUGCUGCCGUCUUCAGGGCUGUUUCUGUGAAGAUCCAAAAAUCUGUAGGCGGCAAGCUGCAUGAAUGAACAGGUGAACAGCAACUUGGCUGGUCCAACAAGUACAGACCUGCUGCACUGAGGCAGGAAGCAGCCAGGCUAAAAGGUAUGCUGCAGAAGCUGAAGUGGGAGUUUAACAAAUGAGAACAGGGUGCUGGUUAUGAGUGGAAAUAUUUUAAUAGUACAAAGGAAAUAUCAUCAGCUGUAAAAGAGAAAGCUAAAAAUGUAAACAAGUCAAAUAUGGACUACCUCUUUGAUCAAAGUGUACGCCAAAUGGUUUUUGCAUUUGUAGAGAAUAAAAUUU